CUUGAAAUUUCCACUCGCCUGCAAGCCAAUGGCGAGUGGAAAUUAUGGUGGGGGCGAGUGUGUCCCCCAGGGCCGUCUUGCUGAGCAGGCUCAGAGCUCAGGCCGGAUCUGUCAUUGGCAUUGGGAGCCGUCAGACUGCUCAAUAGCUGAGCGUAGUGAAAGCAAAGGAAGGAGUGUGUGCUGUGCUCUCUGCCUCCCCCUAGAGUGCAGUACCCGGCUCUGUGAGUGAACAAAGAAGUACUGCAACUUUUUAUAGAGCUGUGUCUCACUCUGGUCACAUGAUCCUCUGUCAGCCAGUGGUGGCUUCAGGGGAGAGGAGAGAGCACUUAACAGCAUGCGUGUGUGUACAUGUGUGUAUCUGUACAUGUUGUCUGCGUGUAUUUACAUGUAUGUGUGUGUAUGUACGUACAUGUCUGUGUGUAUGUACAUGUGUCUGUGCGUGUGUAUUUCUGUGUAUGCGUGCCUGUGUGUGUGCAUGUGUCUCUGUGUGUAUGUGUGUGUAUAUGUACAUGUCUUUGUGUGUGUGUGUGUACAGGUGUGUCUGUGUGUGUUUG